AAUAAUCCCCAGUAUUUAAAAGGGGAGUUCAACACUUCAACUCCCUCAGCCCUACACUGUUACCCAAGCCGAGAGCGAUAGAGAAGAGAGUGAGUGAACUUGUGAGCUUUCCUUACGGUGAGUUCGUCUCUGACUCCGACGCUCUCAAAUUUCUGCUUCUUAAAUUGAGAUAUUUUCAUUUGCUGAAUUUUCUGGGCAGUACGUACUUGUAUAGUUGUGCAGCUAUGGCGAGUUUGGCUUUAACCAGUAUACUGGAGAAGAUGACGGGGAAGGAUAAAGAUUACAGAUACAUGGCAACUUCUGAUCUCUUGAAUGAAUUGAACAGAGAUAAUUUCAAAGCUGAUGCUGAUUUAGAGGUAAAGUUGUCAAAUAUCAUCAUUCAGCAGCUUGACGACGUUGCUGGCGAUGUAUCUGGGUUGGCUGUGAAAUGUCUUGCCCCGUUAGUGAAGAAGGUUAGUGAAGCACGAGUUGUGGAAAUGACCAACAAACUUUGCGAGAAAUUGUUGAAUGGGAAGGAUCAACAUCGUGACAUUGCAAGCAUAGCUUUAAAGACUAUUGUUGCCGAAAUUGCUACUCAAUCUCUUGCACAAUCUAUUCUAGUGUCAAUUUUGCGACAAUUGAUUAAAGGAAUUACUGGCCCUGGUACAAGCACAGAGAUAAAAUGUGAAUGUCUUGACAUUUUAUGUGACGUCCUUCAUAAAUUUGGGAAUCUUAUGGCAACUGACCACGAGCUGCUGUUGGGGGCACUCUUGUCCCAGUUGAGUUCUAAUCAAGCCAGUGUCAGAAAAAAAACUGUUGCAUGUAUUGCAUCUCUUGCUUCAAGCUUGUCAGAUGAUUUGUUAGCAAAGGCAACAGUUCAAGUUGUUCAGAACUUGAGAAAUAAGGGCGCAAAAUCAGAAAUGACGCGCACAAACAUUCAGAUGAUUGGUGCUCUAAGUCGGGCUGUUGGGUAUCGGUUUGGAUCCCAUCUUUCUGACACUGUCCCUGUUCUGAUCAAUUACUGCACAAGUGCAUCAGAGAAUGAUGAGGAACUUCGUGAGUACAGCUUGCAGGCACUUGAAAGUUUUCUUCUUAGGUGCCCCAGGGAUAUUUCAUCCUACUGUGAUGAGAUUCUUCAUCUUACUCUGGACUACUUAAGUUAUGAUCCUAACUUCACUGAUAACAUGGAAGAGGAUACAGAUGACGAUAGUCUGGAAGAAGAAGAAGAUGAUGAAAGUGCAAAUGAAUAUACUGAUGAUGAAGAUGUCAGCUGGAAAGUUAGAAGAGCUGCUGCUAAAUGCUUAGCAGCAUUAAUUGUAUCUCGCCCUGAGAUGCUUGCAAAAUUGUAUGAGGAGGCCUGCCCAAAAUUGAUCGAGAGAUUCAAGGAGAGGGAGGAAAAUGUCAAGAUGGACGUAUUCAAUACAUUCAUUGAAUUGUUGCGUCAAACUGGAAAUGUUACAAAAGGGCAGAUUGACAUCAAUGAAUUAAGUCCAAGAUGGUUGCUGAAGCAAGAAGUGCCAAAGAUUAUUAAAUCUAUAAACAGGCAACUGCGCGAGAAGUCUAUUAAAACAAAAGUUGGUGCAUUCUCUGUUUUGAAAGAACUUGUUGUUGUCUUGCCAGAUUGCCUGGCAGAUCACAUUGGAUCCCUCAUUCCAGGAAUUGAAAAGGCAUUGAAUGAUAAAUCUUCUACCUCAAACUUGAAGAUAGAAGCUCUUAUUUUCACAAGAUUGGUCUUGGCUUCACAUUUUCCUUCUGUUUUCCAUCCUUAUGUCAAGGCUCUUUCUAGUCCUGUUUUAUCUGCUGUAGGUGAGCGUUAUUACAAAGUUACAGCUGAGGCAUUAAGAGUGUGUGGGGAACUCGUUCGUGUUGUUCGCCCUAACAUUGAAGGGGUUGGUUUUGACUUUAAACCUUAUGUUCGUCCACUCUAUGAUGCCAUAAUGUCACGUUUGACAAAUCAAGAUCAAGAUCAGGAGGUCAAGGAGUGUGCUAUCACUUGUAUGGGACUUGUUGUUUCAACAUUUGGUGAUAACCUGAAAGUGGAAUUACCUUCAUGCCUGCCUGUUCUUGUUGAUCGGAUGGGUAAUGAGAUAACCAGACUAACUGCUGUAAAGGCAUUUGCUGUGAUUGCUGCUUCUCCAUUGCAAAUAGACCUCUCGUGUGUUUUGGAACAAGUAAUAAGUGAACUUACUGCAUUCUUAAGAAAGGCUAAUCGGGCUUUAAGGCAGGCAACAUUAGGGACACUUAAUUCCCUAAUAGUUGCUUAUGGCGAUAAAAUUGCUUCCCCUGCAUAUGAGGUUAUUAUUGUCGAACUCUCUACUCUGAUAAGUGAUUCAGACUUGCAUAUGACGGCUCUUGCUUUGGAACUCUGCUGCACCUUGAUGUCUGACAAGAGAUCAAGUUCGGUUAUUGGUUUGGCUGUUAGAAACAAAGUUCUUCCUCAAGCAUUAACAUUGAUCAAAAGCUCAUUGCUUCAAGGGCAAGCCCUGCUGGCUCUGCAAAACUUCUUUGCUGCUUUGGUCUAUUCUGCAAACACAAGUUUUGAUGCCUUACUUGAUUCUCUUAUUUCAAGUGCUAAACCAACUCCCCAGUCUGGUGGUGUUGCAAAACAAGCUUUGUAUUCAAUAGCCCAAUGUGUGGCUGUUCUUUGCCUUGCUGCGGGUGAUCAGAAAUAUUCAUCUACAGUGAAAAUGCUUACAGAAAUUCUCAAAGAUGACAGCAGUUCCAAUUCAGCCAAGCAGCACCUUUCAUUGUUGUGUCUGGGGGAGAUUGGCAGAAGAAAGGAUAUAAGCUCUCAUCCACAUAUAGAAAACAUAGUUAUUGAGUCAUUUCAAUCACCUUUUGAAGAAAUAAAGUCUGCAGCUUCGUAUGCUCUUGGCAAUAUUGCUGUUGGUAAUCUCUCCAAGUACCUGCCGUUUAUUUUGGAUCAGAUUGACAAUCAGCAGAAGAAACAGUAUCUAUUGCUUCAUUCUUUGAAGGAGGUUAUAGUUAGGCAAUCUGUAGAUAAAUCAGACUUCCAAGAUUCUAGUGUUGAGAAGAUCCUUAAAUUACUUUUUAAUCACUGUGAAAGUGACGAGGAGGGUGUUCGCAACGUGGUAGCUGAGUGUCUGGGUAAAAUUGCUCUUAUUGAACCUGCAAAACUCGUUCCUGCACUCAAGAUCCGAACAACAAGUCCAGCUGCAUUCACUAGGGCUACAGUUGUCAUUGCGGUGAAAUAUUCAGUAGUGGAGCGGCCAGAGAAGAUAGACGAAAUUAUAUACCCUGAAAUCUCAUCGUUCUUGAUGCUUAUUAAAGAUGAUGAUCGGCAUGUUAGGCGUGCAGCUGUGUUGGCUUUGAGUACAUUUGCUCACAAUAAGCCAAACCUUAUUAAGGGGCUUCUCCCUGAAUUGUUGCCACUUCUUUAUGAUCAAACAAUUGUCAAGCAAGAAUUGAUAAGGACAGUUGAUCUUGGUCCAUUUAAGCACAUUGUGGAUGAUGGCCUUGAGUUAAGAAAGGCUGCUUUUGAAUGCGUGGACACGUUGUUGGAUAGUUGUCUAGAUCAAGUGAAUCCAUCAUCUUUCAUUGUCCCUUACCUUAGAUCUGGUCUUGAUGAUCACUAUGAUGUUAAGAUGCCUUGUCAUCUGAUUCUUUCAAAGCUUUCAGAAAAAUGCCCGUCAGCGGUACUGGCAGUUCUCGACUCCUUGGUGGACCCUCUCCAAAAAACCAUCAAUUUCAAGCCAAAGCAAGAUGCUGUCAAGCAAGAAGUAGACCGUAAUGAAGACAUGAUUCGCAGUGCCCUUAGAGCUAUUGCUUCCUUAAAUCGAAUAAGUGGUGGAGACUGCAGCCUUAAGUUCAAGAACCUUAUGAAUGAAAUAUCCAAGUCCCCACCCCUUUGGGACAAGUUCUAUUCGAUCCGAAACGAAUAAUGGCCCGCCUCUUUUGAGCACCCUCUACCGGCUGUUGCAUAGAAGUUUCACUGUAAAAAGUGAGGGAAUUUUAUUACCAAACACCACCUGUUUUGGAAUUUAGGGAACCUUAAGGCGGCGCGGUGUGUGUGCUCGUUGAUGCACCUGUAAAGCGGCUUAAAGAUUUAAAUUGAGGGUUAUAGAAAAGUGAAAUCAUGGCCAUUCUCUUGUACAGUUUCAAAAAUCAAAAUCAAAAACCAAAACCAAAACCCACAAAAUUACUAUUUUGCCCACAUCCCCAAACUCUCUUUACUUGGUUUGGGUUGAAGAAAAUGCACUGUGAGUUUGCAUUUGUUGCAAAAGUUGACUAAACAAUGUUUUGUUUGUUGAUGACAAGUAUUUCCUGUGGAUCAUAAUAGUUCAUUGAAUUUAGAAUUUUUGGAAAGUACUCAAACAUUUGGAUCAAAAUUAUUUUGAAUUUCCUAGCCGAAGAUUAUAGUUUUA